UUGUGUUUGCUUUUGAUUUUCAUCACUACAGGCCCACCAGUCAAGAUGACCUCCCCUUCUUCAGAGUUAACAUCUUGGGGGACUCACUGACGAGGUAUCUUCCAAAAUAUCUUGACAGUGAGUGGUUUCGAGCCGAUGUGCUUACAAAGCCGGGUUGUACAGUGCCCCGGAUGAUAGCGACCCUGCAAGAACUUCACAAAAGUCGCACUGGUAGUGGAAUGAAGCCACAUGUUGUGGUUCUUCACAUUGGCACCAACGAUUUGUGUGACAGUUUUCUUCACAGAGAUUUGAAGAACUUUGAAAAGUUGCUUCGUUUAGCGAAGGAAACAUUUCCAGUUGCAAAAAUUGUGUUGGAUGGAGUUUUGCCCCGCAUGGACUUUGAUGACCUAAAUGACAGGGCUUCCACCUUGAAUGUACACCUUGCAAAGCUGUGCAGAAAAUACGGUUGUACAUUUAUUGAUCUUGAAGAGGACUUUCAGUCUAUCUCUUUGUUUGCCUUUGAUGGACUUCAUCCGAGUCAUGAAGGCAACAAGAGGUUGUCACAGGUCAUCCAAGACAAGGUCACAUCGCUACUGGUAAGAGUCAUACCAUGGUUCAACCGCUGUUCUGUUGCACCCUUCACUCCAAGGGAACUGCUACUUCUUGUGAGGAAGAAGAAGAUCAAGAAGUCGAAGAAAUCUAAAUCUUCAUUGGCUUCUUCAGCCCCAACAACGCCUCCGGGUCCACGUCCACCUUCACGGCCACCUUCACGUCCACCUUCACGUCCACCCCCACGCCCACGUCCACGCCCACCUCCACCGGAACCCAAAUUCAAAAGCAUGAUAGUGGACACCGAUGGCUUCAAGCUGGUUGGACGUAAAGGGGUCUGUCCAUCACUUCACACCCUACAUGUCCCUGUCAUUCAACCCCUAUGUAUUCCUACGAAGAUGAGGUACUGCAAGGUUGCCCCCGAGUCAUCAGGUGUCCGUCCUCCGCAAGCACCAACGCCAUAUAUACAGAUGAAGAACGAUGGCAUUAAGAGGAUGAAGAUGCUAGCCCGGGCGAGGAAGAAGAGGAAAAGACAUAACAAAAAGGUUGCAUGGACAGUCCCGCCUUGCAUGAUGUUAGGAGUCAGUCUAGCAACUCCACCAUUGCAGGGGUGAGGGAAAGAGUGAGGGAUCGCCUUCCACGUCGACAGCCAGAUAAAGUGCAAUGUUCAAGGUGUGGCAGGGAUGCAUUUUCAUUUACACAGGUAUCCUCAUUACAAAAUGAGCAAGUUAAAUUAUGGUUGGAAACAAAUGCUAAAUUAAGUGACACUGACAUCAUUUGUAAAGCUUGUAAAAUUUCUGUUACAAAAAAACUAAAGAAUCCGCAAUAUACACCAGAAAAAUCAAGAAAGAAAAAAAGGUUGCCUUGUGCUCUUGAAGAUUUUGGUAAGUGCAAUGCAACUUCUUCACACAACAUGAACUGCCCUGAAGAAAUAUUUAAUACUUGUUUUUCUGUCAAUGCAACAACCGAGUCCAUGGACGUCCCUCUUUGUAAAAUACAUUACAAUUCCUUGUGGAAGUUCAGGUAUGAAGGAAAAUGUGGGGGUUGUUAUGGGAUUGUACGGCACGGGAAGAGGUAUAGUUGUUCAUCUAUGGAAGGUGGACUCGGUGUUGCAACAAAAAUUUU